AUGAGAACAAAGAUUUUGCUCACAAUUUUGUUCUUCAGCUAGCUCCUUACACUUGGCUCAGCUAUAGACUACACAGUGAACCCUGUAAAUCCUGCAUAAGGUGCAGCUACAACGGCUUAGGCUUAACCAGCUAAAACAGGAGUAUGCAACAAUGGAUUUGGAUGGAAUGGCUAAGUAUGUGUGCCAUGUAUGUAAGUGAAAAAUGGAUAUUGCACGUGCACAACAUAUGGCGGCUGCGAUACAAAAGUAUGUGAUUCUAACAUAAUAAAUUGCUAAGUAUUGACGAAUGGAUAAAACUCAUACAUAUUAUUGAGAGCAACAGGAUGUAAUAAUUAUGCUUGGGGUGAUUCAAAUACAUCCGUAAUUUGUACAUAAUGUGCAGCUGGCUAUUUCAUGGUUGCUGGAAUAUGUGUUAAAUCAAACGAAUGUGCUUAGAUGAAUUUAGUAACAGGUACUUGUGAUACUUGUGUGGAUGGAUUUUAUUUCACUCAAAAUUUCCAGUUGUAAACAUUGUAAUCAUGGGACUAUUACGAAAACAUCAAUUAAGUGAUUUGCAACAAAUGUCUCGAUAAUUGUAAGAUAUGUACAUCAGGUUUUACUUGUGUUCAAUGUAAUGAUUAAUACUAUUGGAGUCCCACAUAAUCAAAGUCUGCAUUGUCUAGUAAUCAGAAUGAUGCUAAUGCUGGAUCAUGUAUGGCUUGUAGUGCAAAUAUACCUUCUUGUAUUAAAUGUUAGAAUUCAACAACAUGUGACAAGUGUUUAGAUGGAUAUUAUUACACUGCCCCAUCAGAUUAAUCAACUAAAGGAACUUGUACUAAAUGUAUGACCGGUUGUUUGUCUUGUUAAAAUUCAGACACUUGUGAUACUUGUGACACUGUCAGUAACUACAUUUAUUUACAAACAAAUAACUAAAAUUCAUGUACUCUAUGUACUAGCAUCACAGGAUGUUAAACAUGCUCAACUUAAGGUGGUCAAUUGACAUGUACUGCCUGUUCAACUGGUUAUGUGUUUGACGCAAAUAAUGUUUGCUAAAAAUGUGAUGUUAAUUGUGCUUCCAAUUCUUGUUCUUAUAAUAACCAAGUCUAAUGUAGCAAUUGUGUCUAAUACUUUGUAUUGAAAUCAAACACAAGCUGUGUUGCAUGUCCAAAUGGCUGUUAAUCAUGUUCAUACAGUGAUUAAGCUCAAACAUAAAUAACUUGUGGAUAAUGCUUUGAUACUUACUAUAAAGAUGAUAACGGUGCAUGUUAACUAUGUUCCUCAUCAAUAACCAGUUGUUAAAAGUGUAGUUACAAUAGUUAAAAUACUCCAAGUGUAACUUGCACAUCAUGUGCAACAAAUACUAAACUUACUACCGAUUCAUUAAAGUGUUUGCCAUCUCCACCUAAUUGUCUUGAUUAUAGUGUGACAACUUCAACAAAUACAUAAACUUGUAAUACAUGUUAAGAUACUUAUUACUUGAAUAGUGGUGCAUGUUCAGCUUGUUCUUCAGCUGAUGCAAGCUACUUAAGAUGUUCAAAGAGCGGCACCGACCCAGUUAAAGUAAUUUAAUGCUAGGAUGGAUAUUUCUAUUUAAAUGAUACUACUUGCGUAUUAGCCAAAACAUAGAACACUUAAGCAACUAAUCUCACAUUAUAAACUUGUCUAACAAUUGCUACUGGUAAUUAAUGUGCAACUUGUAUGCCAGCCGCCUUGGGAACAAAUCCUCCUUAAGGUGGAGUAUGUUCUUAUUGCAACUGUAGUUCAAAUAAGGCUGAUUGUACAGCAACAGUGACUGGAGCUAAUUCUAGUGUCACAUGUUAACCUAAUCCAACUUGUCUACCAGGCUUUUACCUUGAUGGAUAAUCUUGUCUUCCAUGUAUUUAAGUUGCAGGUAAUAUUACAGGAUCUGAAACCUGUUGUGGUCUUGGAUUGAUUUUUACAGGUGGAACUCCUAAUAGCUGUGUUGCAUAACCUGGAGCAACUGGAAAGUAAUAAACAUUGGCAUCAAAUGCAAGUGGUUAAACUUGUGAUAUUGGAUAUUAUUAUAACACUAACAGUAAAUUUUGUGAGACUUGCAUAAGUAAUUGCGAUAGUUGUGCUGAUGCUACCACUUGCAAAACAUGUUCUCUCAACUAUACAUUACUCAAAACUACCAGUGAUGUAAAAUGUGUGUUGAUCAAGUGUCUUGUAGUUGAUUCUACUAAAGGAUGCACUUCUUGUUAAUAUGGAUUCUAUUUAUCAACCAUCAAUGGCAUUGGAUAUUGCUUAUAAUGCUUAUCUCCAUUAACUAAUUCUAUUUGCAGAGCCUAUUCCAAUUAAGCUCCUAAUGUGACUGUUUAACCUGCCGCUCCAGUAGCAGUUUCAUCCAGUCCAUCCUAUGUUUGUGCCAAUGGUUAUUAUUGGAAUAGUUAAUACUGUUCUCCAUGCAAGGCAGUGCCAACCACUGGUAAAAAUACUUCUCCAAAAUGGAUAUUGCAUAUGCUCAACAUACAUGGACUGCACAUCCAUAGUUUGCAAUUCAGGAUAUGCUUUAGUUUAAAAUACAUGCCAAGAAAUUCCCAAGGGAUUAAUGACGGUACUACUUUAAUUUGUACUGCAUGCACUACCUCAUAUUCACUUGUUUCAAAUGUUUGUUUACCAAGUCAAAAUUGCCAACAAUUCAGUACUACUACUGGUAAUUGUUCUUAAUGUGCCCCUGGAUACUACUUGAAUUGGUAGUUUAACUCCUUUGUUUCUUAAGUCUCAACAGAUGCAAUUCCAUAUUUCAAUAAUUUCCCCUCUUAAUGUUCAGCUUGUACUAUAUCCAAUUGUCUUACUUGUACUGGUCCUACAGUUUGUACUACUUGUCAACCAGGAUACUUCUGGCAAACAUCAUAAUAUCUUUAAUAACCAUCAAAUGGAUCAUAAGGAAGUUGCCAACCAUGCAUGCAAGGAUGUUCAACCUGUUCAAACAAUCAAUCAUGCUAAACCUGUUUCUCUGGAUAUUAUAUGGUCUUCCCAUAUUCAGGAAUCAACUAUUGUUAACUUUGUUCAACUGUUGCUGCAAUAUCAAAUUGUUUGACUUGUGAUACUUCCUAAACUGCUCCACAUGCCUAAUCUUUAGUCCCAACUUGCAGAUCAUGCCCAUCUGGAUAUUACUUAUAUAGUGGAAAAUGUGUCGUAUGUUCUGGUGGAUGUUUAGCCUGUGAUGCUGAUAACAGUUGCACAUAAUGUGUCUCCUAAGGAUAUGCUUUCGAUUAAACUAAUAAGAAAUGUGUUGCUUGUCCUUCUGGAUGUUCUUCAUGCUCCUAUAGUGGAACCCAAUUAACUUGUUCAGCCUGUAUUGAUCAGUAUUAUCGUAACACUACCAAUAACAUUACAAUCUGUUCAUAGUGUAGUUCAAUAGCUGGUAAGAACUAUUUAAGAUGUGUUUCAUCAACAAGUCCAACUCAAUGCUAAGAUAACUAUUAUUUGAAUGGAUCAAGUUGUGUGGCUUAAUCCAACAACAAAUGCUUAACCUAUGAUGGUGCUUCAGGUUGUACAUCUUGUAUCACUGGAUACAUUAUCGUUGGUAAUUAAUGUCAAUUAUGUACAUCAACAAAUGCUCAAUGUGUAAAAUGUCAAGUCAUCGCUAACACUGGAUCAAGUUAAUCUGCUUCCCUUUAAUGUGCUGCCUGCACAACUGGAUAUUAUUUGACCACAUCUUUUGGAUGCACAGCCUGUCCAAAUGUCAAAGGAUGUGAAGCUUGUAAUUCUGCUGGAUGUUAAACCUGUUCCGCUGGUUACUAUCCAACUGCAGUUACUACUGAUUCCAAUAAUUCCACCGGUACAACAACCUCCAAUAACACUGUCACUUGUAACAAUUGUGUCAGCAACUGUUCUAUUUGUUAAUAAGCUAAUUCUUGUACCAAAUGUGCUGAUGGUUACUUCCUUGUUACUACCACUUCCUCUGGAACUACAUCAGUGACUACCAGCAGUUGCUUUGCAUGUCAACCAGAAUGUCAAACUUGUGUCGCUCCAGGCACUACUUGCACAUCUUGCAUAGCUGGCUAUGUGUUCUAGAAUGGAGGUUGCGUCACCUUAGCAUAAGCUAAUUGUUACUCCGUUGGAACCAAUGGUUGUGGUAUUUGUAAAUAUGGCUACUAUUUAAAUAAUGGAGUUUGUUACUAAUGUCUCAACCCAUAAGCAGAUUUUCUAUGUACAAAUCCAGUAGACAACCUUUUAACAUCUGCAACAGCACAAUAGUAAUGA